AUGGGAGACCAAGAGGCUGAUAUCUAUUCACAAUUAGACCAAUUAAAACAAGAAUACGAAGAGUAAUUUUUAAUCAGUUACCAAUCCCAAUCCAAAGAAUACGAAGAGCUUCUUGAGUCGGAAGUCGCUGACAAAGAAGAAAAGCUAUCUCAAGCCCUCCAAAAAUCUUCAAAACUCUCUGAAGAAUUGCAAUCCUAUAAAGAAAAAUACCAAAAAAAUGAAUUCGAAGUCUGUAAACUCCAAAAAGAAAUCGAACACCUCAAAAGUCGACUAAAAUUAUUUGAAGAACAGAAAAGAGAACUUGAACAUUUAAAUGAUCAAUGGGAAAACUCAGCAAGAAUCCUUGAGUUUUCCAAACAAGACUUAGAAGAAAGGCUGUACCAAGCUGAAGAAAACGCAAUUAUGUAUAAAGGAGAACUCGACGAAAUCGCCUGUGCAAAAGAAGUCGAAAUUCAACGAUUAAAAGAAGAAUGCAAUGAGCUAAGACAAGAAAUCGCCACCUUGGCAGCACAAAAAGGGGAUACUACAAGGCUGGCUGAGCUAGAGCAAAUGCUGAAUAAUACACUUAAAGAGCAGGAAGAGCUGAAAUCACAAUUAGAUGUGUCUAGACAGACGAAAAAAUCAGGGUCGUCACAUAUAUCGUCGAGGAGGGAUUCGAUUGAUUCUGGGACAAAUUCUCCGGCUGAGGCUUGCCAAAGUGUAAAAGUGUUGGUAAAGGUGAGGCCUGUGCUGGAAAGUGAUGCGAAUAAAGGUGUAUGCUUAGCUUAUAAUGAUUCUGGGAUACAGGUGAGUACUGUUUUGAGUAAAGAAAAAGGAAAAACGAUUACUGAUGUGAAAAAGUUUGAAUUUGAUAGGAUUUUUGGCUCAGAAUCUAGCAUUGAUGACUUGUUUUAUGACAUCACCCCCUCACUCAAUAUGGUAGCAAAUGGAGGAAGAGCUUGCAUAUUAGCAUACGGCCAGACUGGCUCAGGAAAAACCCACACAAUGAAUGAAGUCCUAUCAAAAUCUGUAGAAGCUCUAAAGCUACUUAUAGGAACUGAUUGCCAAAUCUUUUUAAACUGCAUUGAAAUUUAUAACGAGCAAGUCAGAAACCUCCUCAGCAAUGAUGCUCUCAGUAAGAACUGAAAAGAAAUAAUAGAAAUGGCCGAAGUUAAGCUUGAUAAUGAAUGAUAUGACCAAAGUUUAGUAUUAAUUCAGCAAGCUGCCUUAAAGCGGUCUACAAAAUUCACUGAAUCCAAUUCCAGUUCUUCAAGAAGCCAUUGCAUUUAUACCUUAAAAAUAGUCAAAGGCAAAGAUACAGGAAUAAUUCAAUUUGUUGACUUAGCAGGCAGCGAAAGAAUAAGCAAAAGCAAAGCAAGUGGGGACGUCUUAAAAGAGACCUUACUAAUUAACAAAUCUUUGUCGGCCCUACAAGAUGUGAUUGCUGCUUUAGAGUCUAAACAAAGCCAUAUCCCAUAUAGAAAUUCUAUGCUGACAAGAAUUUUGCAACAGACUUUGGGAGGCGAAGAAAGUAUGGUCACUGUGAUUUUAAAUUGCAGCCCUUGUGAGGAAAGCUCUGGAGAAACCAUUUGUACCCUAGCGCUUGGGACAAGGCUGAGAUCUGUAGAUUUAGGAUACUCAAUUAGAAAAAACCUAAAAAACGAAGAAGUAGAGAGGACACUGAGGCUGUUAGAAAAAGAAAGGGCCGAUAAAAAUACAAUUUUAAGGAAAUUAGAUAAGCUAGAAAGGGACAUAGAAAGCUAUGUAUAUGCUAUAAAAGACAGAGACUCAAAAAUCGGAGGGCUUAUAAUAAAAUCGAAAAAUAAAGAAAAACAGCUCACAGAAGAAAAUGAUAAAUUAAGGAAAGAGUUGAUUAGUCUAAAGAAUUCACAAGAAGAGUCGAAUAAGAAAUUAAGAAUAAUCAAGUCACACGCAGAAAAUGAAGCCUUGGCGAAGAAUAAAGCUAUUCAGCAGCUAAAAACAAAAGAAGCCAGCAUGAAAAGAGUUUUAAGUGCAAGCCCGGCGGCUUUUCGAAGGCCUCCUUUAAAUUAUCAGCCAAUUUUGACCUCAAGUCAGUCUACACCUUCAAGGAUCCCUCGACCAAAAAUUAGAGACCGAUCUGCUGAGUCGUGUAUGAAAGCUGUUACUGACUCAUGGCAUUAUAAUUUUUUACUUUAG